CAUAGUAUCAAAUUGCAUUUGCUCAUUUCAUAUGGAUGAUUUAAAAUCCAUAUAUCAAAUACUAUUGCUUUUGAAACAGGAUGAUUUGGGAGAGGGUACUAAUACUGAUCUGGAUGCUUAUGAACUCAACAAUAAGUUGCAGAUUACACAAGAACACGGAUCAUCUUAUUCAAAGUUCGCUCCUAGCGAUCCUGUUGGGCCAGUUGAUGUUGAGGUGGAUUUAAUAACCAACAUUUUUGAAAAUAUAGAAGUUGAUGUUCCUGUAUCUAUACAGGAGCAAUGUUCAAACUCUCCAGUUCAGAAUGACCAACUCGAUUCAUAUAUUAAGGAGACAAUGUCUAUUGAGAAGGAAGAAUAAAAUAGUUUUUUAGUUAAUUUUUGUUUGAAAAGCUGUUUUAGAAAGCAAGAAGAAAGCUAUCCCAAACGAAGUUUAAACAAUCGGUGAUUAUUUUUAUAAAUACACAAGUUCUAAUGAUUAAAAAGUAUUACAAAUACACUAUUUUUACUUUACUCUGGAUAUAUCUAACCAAACAAAGGAAACAUUUCUCCUGCGUUUACUUUGCAGACAAACAAACAGCCUCAAAGUAUUUAAAAUGCACUACAUUUAUUUUACACUGCAUUUACUUUACAUUGCGUUUACUUUGCAGGCAACCAAACAGC